UCUAUUUUGACCACGUGUAUUUUAGAGGUGUUUGAUAGCUGGAGAUAGACAGUACAGACAUUCAAUGCUCAUAUGAAAAUUAUGGGGUUCAAGGUUCAGGUUCAGGCCCUGUAAUGUCGACAGCGGUGAACAGGAAAGAUACAACAACUGAAGCGGUAAACUUUUCAACAAAAUGGCUUCAAGUUCCUUCUCAGAGGAGGAUUUGUCCUGUCCUGUGUGCUAUGAAAUCUUCAAGGAUCCCGUUCUUCUGACAUGUAGUCACAGCAUCUGUAAAGGCUGCCUGAAGACAUUCUGGGAAACUAAAGGAUCAAGGGAAUGUCCGGUCUGCAGAAGAAGAUCUUCAAAACAUGAGCCACCGUGUAACCUUGUUCUGAAGAACCUGUGUGAGAGUUUUGUAAAAGACGGCAGACAGAAAGGACUACUCUGCAGUUUACAUCUUUCGAAACUCAAGCUUUACUGUGAAAAUGACAAGCAGCUUGUGUGUGUGGUGUGUCGAGAUGCGAAACUCCACAAAAACCACAACUUCAGUCCCAUUUGUGAAGCAGCACAGGAGGCUAAGGAGACACUGAAGACCACUCUGAAGCCCUUACAGGACAAACUGAAGAGAUUUAAUUAUGUCAAACUCUCCUGUGAUAAGACUGCAGAACACAUAAAGGUCCAGAUUCAACAGACAGAGAAGCAGAUCAAGCAGGAGUUUGAGAAGCUUCACCAGUUUCUACGAGAUGAAGAGGCAGCCAGGAUAGCUGCACUGAGGGAGGAAGAGGAGCAGAAGACUCAGAUGAUGAAGGAGAAGAUUGAGGACAUGAGCAGAGACAUCUCCUCUCUUUCAGACACAAUCCAGGCCAUAGAGGAAGAGAUGAAAACUGAUGAUGUCACAUUCCUGCAGAACUACAAUGCCAUUGUGAAAAGAGCCCAGUGCACACUGCAGGAUCCAGAGAGGCUUUCAGGAGCUCUGAUCAAUGUGGCAAAGCACCUGGGCAACCUGAAGUUCAGAGUCUGGGAGAAGAUGAAGGACUUGGUGAAAUAUUCUCCUGUGAUUCUGGAUCCCAACACUGCAAACCCACAUCUCAUCCUGUCUGAGGACCUGACCAGUCUGACAUACAGCAGUCAGACACAGCAGCUUCCUGACAACCCAGAGAGAUUUGAUUACUAUGCCUGUGUGCUGGGCUCUGAGGGCUUUAACUCUGGGACUCACUGCUGGGAUGUGGAGGUUGAUGACAGUGUUAACUGGUAUCUGGGGCUGAAGACAGAGAGUGCCAAUAGGAGUGGAGAGGAUUCCCUCCUGUCAGGAUUCUGGUGCAUUAGAUAUUGGGGUGGUAGAUAUGGAGCUGACCAUCCAGGCAUAUCAGGCUCCAUUCCCCUCACAGUGGAGCAGGAGCCCCAGAGGAUCAGAGUGCAGCUGGACUGGGACAGAGGAAAGCUGACAUUCACUAACCCUGAUAAUAACACACACCUACACACUUUCACACACACUUUCACCGAGAAGAUGUUUCCAUGUUUUCGUGCCUAUAUUUGUUCUCUGAAGAUUGUGCCAGUGAAGCCUGCAGUGAUGGUGGAGCAGCUCAGUAUGGCUUCAAGUUCCUUCUCAGAAGAGGAUUUGUCCUGCCCUGUGUGCCGUGAAAUCUUCAAGGAUCCUGUAUUCCUGACAUGUAGUCACAGCAUCUGUAAAGGCUGCCUGAAGACAUUCUGGGAAACUAAAGGAUCAAGGGAAUGUCCGGUCUGCAGAAGAAGAUCUUCAAAAGUUGAGCCACCGUGUAACCUUCAUCUGAAGAACCUGUGUGAGAGUUUUUCAAAGGAGAAAAGUCAGAAGAAACCACUCUGCAGUCUGCAUCAGUCAGAACUGAAGCUCUACUGUGAGGAUGACAAGCAGCUUGCGUGUUUAGUGUGUCAAGCCUCGAAACUCCACAAAAAACACAACUUCAGUCCCAUUGAUGAGGCAGCACAGGAGCGCAAGGAGACACUGAAGACCACUCUGAAACCGUUUCAGGACAAACUGAAGAGAUUUACUAUUGUCAAACUCACCUGUGAUAAAACUGCACAACACAUAAAGGUCCAGACACAACAGACAGAGAAGCAGAUCAAGCAGGAGUUUAAAAAGCUUCAUCAGUUUCUACGAGAUGAAGAGGCAGCCAGGAUAGCUGCACUGAGGAAGGAAGAGGAGCAGAAGAGUCAGAUGAUGAAGGAGAAGAUUGAGAAGAUGAGCAGAGACAUCUCAUCUCUCUCGGACACAAUCAGAGCCAUAGAAGAGAAGAUGAAAACUGAUGAUUUCACAUUCCUGCAGAACUACAAUGCCACUGUGAAAAGAGUCCAGUGUACACUGCAGGAUCCAGAGAAGCUUCCAGGAGCUCUGAUCAAUGUGGCAAAGCACCUGGGCAACCUGAAGUUCAGAGUCUGGGAGAAGAUGAAGGCCUUGGUUCAAUAUUCUCCUGUGAUUCUGGAUCCCAACACUGCAUUCCCACAACUCAUCCUGUCUGAAGACCUGACCAGUGUGACAUACAGCCAUCAGAGACAGCAGCUUCCUGAUAAUCCAGAGAGAUUUGAUUACACCAUGUGUGCGCUGGGCUCUGAGGGCUUUAACUCUGGGACUCACUGCUGGGAUGUGGAGGUUGAUAACAGUGAUGAGUGGUGUCUGGGGCUGCUGACAGAGAGUGCCAGUAGGAGUGGAGGGGGUUCCCUCUGGUCAGGAUUCUGGUGCAUUAGAUAUUGGGAUGGUGAAUAUGGAGCUGCCCAUCCAGGCAGAUCAGGCGUAAUUCCCCUCACAGUGGAGCAGGAGCCCCAGAGGAUCAGAGUGCAGCUGGACUGGGACAGAGGGAAGCUGACAUUCACUAACCCUGAUAAUAACACACACCUACACACUUUCACACACACUUUCACUGAGAGAAUGUUUCCAUGUUUUUAUGCCUGUUCUGGUUCUUUGAAGAUUGUGCCAGUGAAGCCUGCAGUGAUGGUGGAGCAGCUCAGUUAGACAUCAGACACAGUGCAGAUCUUGCAGCAGGAACACACUGAACACUCAAUAGAAUAAUGCCAAUUGAUAAUAAUUGAUAAUAAUUGAUAAUACUGAUAAUUGAUGCGUGAACACUGUCAUGCUAUCAUGUUGUGUGGUGUGUAAUGACACACCUGCACACACUCUUUCAGUGGGAGAAUGUUUCCAUGCAUUUAUACCUGCAUGUGUUAUCUGAAGAUUGUGCCAGUGCAGCCUGCAGUGAUGGUGGAGCAGCUCAGUUAGACAUCAGACACAGUGCAGAUCCUGCAGCAGGAACACACUGAACACUCAAUGAAAUAACUGCUAAUA